GGUUCAACCGCGACGCGGCGCAGUGGCGCGAAAAAUAAGCGCGGGAAAAAUGACGUGCUCGAGUUGACAUUUCAAUGUGACGUUUUAUUUGAAUUGAACAUUUUGUAGAUUUGUUAUUGUGCUUCUGGAUUUUACUUUUUAUCUAAAAGAUACCCAAAGAUUAAUUUUAAUAGAAGAAAAUCUUCGUUAACGAAAGUCAAAAAUGUCUCCAAAAAAUUUAGAUUGUUUUGCAAAAACAAUUCUAAACAGCAACAUCUUGAGACUUGAAUCAAAAUGACAAUAAAGGUUUUAACCAUGGUUAAUCAAUUUAAACGAAAGAUGGCGCUUAUAUUAAUUUUUAUGGCAAUGAUACGACCAUGUUUUUCAAAUCAUCGAGAAGAGAUGGCGCUAGCGAACGUGACAAGAUUUGCUUCUGGCGAUUUGUUUUCACUCGUUGGUCCAGAAUGUGGGCUAACGAGGUGUAUGGAGGUGUCCCACGGUACAGCACUGGCCGCCAUGGGCGUCUCAGGCUGCUCCUGCCAAUGUGCACGCGACACACCUGCCUUCCGAGAAGACCAAAAGAUCUGCGUCAAUCAUAUUGACGAGUGCCGAAUGGCGAGUUAUGGACGAGGAGCGACCAAACCUCAAAUUCCUUUUGUCUUUCUUCCACUCAAAGGUCAAAUUGUAUAUCCAGCAAAGGAAAUUGUAUUCACAGAUGUGGAGGACGCUGUGUGUGCAGUGACCAGCGCUCAGUACCUUUCGCCGUCGGGCUGGCUCGCCCUUAGAGAUCUCGUGGACAAUGAUGUACCCUUCGCUUUAUAUAGGGACGAAGGCAGCACGUACCUACAGUGGCGGGGAUCUUCGGCUCUACAUGGACGUCUGGAGGGUCGGUUGGUGACGGUACAUGUGCUUUGCUCUGCACCCGCACCAGCGCGCCUUGCUGCCUCCUGCGCCUCCUUUAGGGUUGCUGGUGCCACACACAACACCAUCCUAGACGUUCGCUCGAUACCUUUCCACGCUGGUGAAAUUGUCAACACCGAACAAGUGAGCCAAAGUAAAGGUCUGAGCGUGCUGGAAUACUUAGCGAUUGGAGUAUGUGUUCUUAUGGUUAUCUUCAUCUACGCAGCUGGUAUCAUUUUCUAUAUACAUUACAAGCAAAAGCAAAAGCGCAAGGCAAUAGAUCCAGAGUUGAAUAGAUCCAGAACUGCCUCCACAGAAAAUAUUUCCACUAUCGACAUGGAUAAUGUGAGAUUGAAAAAGAAUCCAUUAUUGAAUUUAGACAACAUGAACGAUUUUUUAAAUGAUGCCGGCUUGUCUGACGUUAGUGAACGUACCGAGGAUACUUUGGAUUCUUCAACUAAUUUUCAGAAACAGUUCCAGAAUCCAAACAUUGUCUCAGCAAUGAUACACACGCAUCGGAAAAAACCGUCUCGUCCAUCAUUACGUACGUCUACACCGGAAAGACUAACAGAACGCUUACAAAGGCGUUCAGCGUCACCUGAAAUAGAAAAAGCUCCCCAAUCCGACUUGUCAAUCAUCGACUGUAGUGUAGAAACAAAUUCCAUGACGAGUCUCAACCCACCUACAAACGUUGAGCCAGUUAUAAGAAGAAAACUUUACUUCAAUCCGGUGUUUUUCGAAGUUGAACAUCUUAAGAAUCCACCACCGGCAGCCAUAGAUUUUCUGAUAAAAAUUCGUGAAAUCAUGGCGAUUGCCAAAGAGAAGAUGUUGUCAAAGAGAUUUAUUCCCAUGCUAUCUGACAUACCUGAAGAAGAUUUAUAUCACACCUUAGACCUAGGCUGGAACAUACCUUGCGCUCGACGAGGGAGACGAUUUAGUGCAAUAAGUCUAAAGAGAGAAAAUAGUAGAAGAGCCGUACAUUGCGGUGGUUGUCCUGGAUGUGACAGCAGCGAUAGUAAAUCUCAAAAAGCACCCGGAUUAAUCCGAUCCAACUCAUGUAAAACUUGUGUCAGCGACGACUAUAAGCAAAGAAUAGUACAAAAGUGGCUAGACGAAGUUCCAUCACCGCCACAGACAAUUAGACCCACAAAAUCAAUAGCUAAAGUCAGUGGAACACCAAGAAUUGUCGAUACUAAAAAGAAAGAUGACGUCCGCGUCAGUCCAGUGAUACCAAUAAGACGCGACGAAUCACAUGCAAAUAAACAAGAAGUCAGGAAGCCAAUCGAAUCGGGCUCAAGAGAAAAAUUAAGUAACCUACGUGUUAAAGAAACUAUUGAUGUCAAACGAGACUUAGAUAAACCUAAAACAAUUAUUUCUAAUCAAGACAAUAAUCGAAAUGAGAAGAAGUUGACAUCACCUCCCUCGAACAAGAAACCACAGGAAAAGAGAAGUCCCUCAAGUAACGCUACAAGACGAGUUGUCAGAAAGAAAUUACCACCUCCACCGCCGCCUCCAGUAAAUCCUCAAGAACCUGUCACACCCGACAAAAAGGAACCGGUUUUACCAGAAGUUAAAGUUAAAAUGGAAGCUGUAAUAAAGGAAUUAAAUAAAUGCAAGCGAUCGGAAGAAGGUGAAUUGGAGGAAUUACGUCGACUGGCCGUAUUAGCAAGUGGACCUAAAAUAGUGAUACCGGUCGUUUCGGCAGAUUCACAGUAUUAUAGUGAUGACAAUACCUUAACUCACGAUCGGAAAGCCACUCAUUUAAGUGAAAUAUCCAUGGAAUUUGAUAGCUUGGAGAGAAAUAUUUUAAAACGACGCAGAUUUUCACUUGACUUUGGCUCAGAAAUUAUACAAAAGCAACAGACCAUUCAUAAAUUUUCAGAGCUCCCCAUGGAGAGAUUAUCAAGAAGCUGGCGUGAUAUAAAGAAAGCUGUAGAAGCUACUCCAAGUGAACAGAUUAAAUCUAUAGUACCCAAUAUAAGCACUUGUCGCGUUAAUGACUUAUAUAUGAAUCCCAUCGAACCGUUGUACAAUAAUAUUGAAACGCCAGGUCCGUUAACUAUAGAAGUCCGUGGAUCACCCGUGGAUAUCAGACAAAAGAUCCACGAUGAUUUUGAUCCUGAUACUUUGGAUAGAAAACCUAGACGAGAAAUGAAGAAAUCUGUAGAAAAAAUUCUUUUGAAAUCCGGUGGAAGCUUUAAAAAUAAAAUUGUUUCACAUAAUGCAAAUUAUGAUUUUGCAAAAGAAGGAGAAAGGAAGACCCCUCCAGAGGCUGUAUUUACCAGAAAGAUCGGUAGCCUGAGACAAAUUUACGAAGCUAAAGCGAAAGCACAACAAGAGCCGCGAUUAUACGAAAGACGGAGCAGUUUACCUUACGCGAACCACGAUAUAGCCAAAUUUAUGAAAUCUGUACGACCGUCAGAUUUUCGUAAAGCAGAAGGUCAAAGUGAUCCUAAACCACCCAUACCUCCGAAACAACGGCGAGGAUCAGAGAAAUAUAGCCCUCCUAGUGAGAGACAACGAUCAGAAGAGAAGGAACGGGUCACGCAAUACAUUAGAAGCGAGAAUUUGAAUGUCCGUAGGUCCGGCCGUCGAUCUUCGAGAACACGUUCGCGAAGAGUUGAUCUAAAGAAACUAUGUCGAACAGAAGAUUCAGGUUACUUAAGUACGGAUUCCAACGAAUCAAAAUGCAGAGCCAGAUAUAUGAUGUUAAGGCCGAAAUUCUUACCACCAGAACCAGCCCCGAAACCAGUUCCACCCGUAGUUAGAACAUUGGCAAUACAAAUAGAGUCAGAUACGGACGAAAUGGAAUCUUUAUGUGACGGACGAAGUGAAUCUGGAGGUGAAAGCGUUGAAACUGAUUCUGUUUUCUUCGGUAAUUUUGAUGAGUCUAAGGAGAUGUAUUCAGAAUUAGGUUUGUGUGUCGAAACACGGGAUAUGUUGGCAGCGAGUCAAGACCAAAUAGACUCUGGUUUCGUUGGCGAGACGAACAUAAUUCUAAGCGGUGAUAGCGACUCUGAACAUAGAAGUGUCAUAUCCAUAGUAACCGGUCGCGACGGCCGUUCCUCUGUUGCAUCUAUAACUAAAUUAGAUGAUACGCCAUAUGUACAUUCCGUCGAAUGUUAGUUUAAUUUUUAAUCUAUAUUUGUACUAUAAAGAUUACAUUAAGAGAUUGUAAAAUAAAUAAAAUUAAGUGAUUAUAUUUUUGUAUGUAAAAGGAAAGUCAUUCAAUGAAGCGACUCCAUUGUGUUUUAUAGUGUACGUCAGCUUGUUUAAGACAAUGUCUUUUCCAAGAAUACUUAUUGUGCUCAAGCGUUGAUGUAAUUAAAUAAAAGUAUCGGCCAAAAUAUAAUUUAAGUUUAGUUCAAAUUAUAUUUAUAAUCAAUACUCAAUACACGGAAUAUUUAAGCUCAAAUUAUUUUGUAAAAUAUCUAUUAUCAUGUUUAAUUAGAGACUAGUUUAAACCUAUUAUUAUGUUAUUUAUUUAUAAAUUUCUAAUAUGCGUUGUCAAUGGUAUAGAUUUUAUUAUGAUUUAUUAAUAUUUUUUUAAUUAAUUUACUCAAAGAUAUUAAUUAACACCAUAUUAUUUCUUCGUUAAACUUA